UGGACGGAACUGGAAGCUUCAACUGCGACAACAGGAAUGGAUUCAACCACCUUGGUAGCAAACAUAAAACCGAAACAUUGAAGCGAUUUAGACCAAUCUUGUGUAUAUUAAUCUGUGUUUUUAACAUUCUGUUUACGUAUUUACUAGUUAACAAACGCAAUUUGCUUGUUAUAUGACAUUUGUUAAUUUGUUAAAUUGAUACUGAGUCUAUCACUUUUCAAGUCGCUAACUAGCUAACAUCCCCGACCAUGAGCUCACUAAACUACUCCUCCCUUGCUAAAGAAGAGGGGGUCUACUGGACGGAGAAAGAAUCUCUGGGGCUGAACAUUAUCGUGAAAGAAGAAGACUAUGAUAUUCCAGUGGAUGGAGAAGAAGAACCUUUUGGAGUGAAAGAGGAAGAGGGGGAGGUUGAACCGUUUAGAAAUGUUAAGGAGGAAGAUGAGGCUAUUGCAUUGAAUGAAAAGGAGGAUGAUAUAGUGAAAGAGGAGGAAGAACCUUUUGGAGUGAAAGAGGAAGAGGAGGCUAUCGCAAUAAAAGAGGAGGAAGACGUUUUGGGAGUGAAAGAGGAGGAGACUGAAGAUGAGGAGACAGACGAUGAGGAGACUGAAUAUGAGAAGACUGAAGAUCUGAAUAACACCAGAGAGAGGCCAGACACAGAGGAACCAGAGCCAGAGACGUCCAAACCAGCAAGACCACACCACUGCUCCCUAUGUGGAAAGAGUUUUAGCCAGUUAAUGAAUCUGAAAAGACACGAGAGAACACACAUAGGAGAUAAGCCUCAUCACUGCUCCCAUUGUGGGAAGAGUUUUACCCGAUUAGAACACCAGAAAAAACAUGAGAGAACACACACAGGAGAGAAACCUUUCCACUGCUCCCAGUGCGGAAAUAAUUUUACCCGGUUAGGGAGCCUGAAUGAGCAUAAGAGAAUUCACACAGGAGAGAAACCUUUCCACUGUUCCCUGUGUGGAAAGAAUUUUACCUGGUUAGCAAGCCUGAAUGAACAUAAGAAAAUUCACACCGGAGAGAAACCUUUCCACUGCUCCCAGUGUGGAAAGAAUUUUGCCCGGUUGUGGAACCUAAAGGAGCAUGAAAGAAUACACACUGGAGAGAAGAUAUACAAAUGUUCUCAAUGUGGAAAGAGUUUUACCUGGUUAGGUGAUCUGAAAAGACAUAAGAAGACACACACAGGAGAGAAGCCUUAGCAAUGCUCCCACUGUGGAAAGAGAUUCACCCGGGCAUGAAGGAACACGCAGACAAGAAAGCCUUACCACUGUACUCCAGGUGAGAGAGAUUUACCCAGUUAGGGAAAGACCAUGAGGGAACACACAGACAAAAAGCCUUACCGCUGCUCCCAGGGUGUAGAGCGAUAUCAAAUCACAUGGACCUGAAGUUCACAAGAGCACACACACUGCUCUGACAUUUGUAUUCUAUAUAUUAAAUUAGUUUUUAUAUAUGCCACAUUAACU